AUGAAAUUCUGUAUUGUUGCCUGCUUCGCGGCCUCCGUGCUUGCUGCUAGCCGUACCACCCCUCCCACUGGGUCAAUCGUCGUGGCCAAGUCAGGUGGUGACUACACUACUAUCAGCGAAGCCAUUUCGGCCCUUUCCACCACCUCGACCUCCACCCAGACCAUCUUCAUCAAAGAGGGCACCUACGAGGAGCAGGUCUAUAUCCCCAAGCUUUCAGGAAAGCUCAUCAUCUACGGACAGACCGAAGAUGAUACGUCUUACACCUCCAACACCGUCACCAUCACCUCGGGGCUGGGCCUCGUCGAUGUAAGCGACGACGAUGAAACCGGCACCCUCCGGAACUAUGCCGCCAAGUCCGCCAUCUACAAUAUCAACGUCGCAAACACCUACGGUGAAGGCUCCCAAGCUCUUGCACUGAGCGCCUACAACACCGAACAGGGCUACUACGGCUGUCAAUUCACCGGAUUCCAAGACACAGUCCUCGCAGAGACGGGCUACCAAGUCUACGGCAAAUGCUACAUCGAAGGCGCCAUCGACUUCAUCUUUGGACAAACAGGUAACGCCUGGUUCGACAGCUGCAAGAUCGGCGUCCUCACCUAUGGAGAUGGAACCAUCACCGCGCAGGGCCGCCCCGCCAGCUCUGACGCCGGGUACUUUGUCAUCAACGAGAGUACAGUCGAGGCUGCAUCGGGUGAGGAUGUUGUUGAGGGGACUUAUUACCUUGGUCGUCCUUGGACUGAGUACGCGCGCGUGGUCUUCCAGAAGACUGUUCUCAGCGAUGUCAUCAACUCCGCUGGCUGGGAGAAGUGGUCUAGCUCCGAGUCGAAUACUGAGGAUGUUCUGUUUGGCGAGUACGAUAACUCUGGCGAUGGGGCUGAGGGUACUCGGGCUAGCUUUGCUGAGACUCUUUCUGCUGCGAUUUCUAUCUCCACUAUUUUGGGAAGUGACUACGCGGAUUGGGUUGAUACUAGCUACCUUGCUUAA